UGGAUGACAUCGAUCGCUAGAUGCACGCAACAACCUCGGUCCCCGCUCAGCGACCUCCAUACGUAGUUGUGAAUGCCAACCCUCCGCCAACCCACACGCAGUUUUUAUCUAAACUAGAUUCUCGUCCCAGCCAUGCGCCCACUUCUGCGUCCCGUCCCUUCCACCCUCCCCAAACUCCUCCGCCGCCUCUACUCCUCGCAGUCGACGCCCUUGAUCAACAUCACCGACGUCCCUGCGCCCUCGUCGGGCCGCAUCCGCAUCCUCUCGCUCGCCCGGCCCUCAGCCCGCAAUGCUAUCUCCAGACAGCUGCUCUGGGAGCUGCGCUCGCACAUCGAUGCUAUCGCCGCCGAGUAUGACGCCAACGGCGAGGAGGUGCCGCCCACGUUGAAAUUCGGUGGUGCGGCUGGCGUGGACGAGAGGGGGCCGACGAGGGCACUGAUCGUGGCGAGCGAGGUCGAUAGCUGUUUCUGUGCGGGAGCUGAUCUGAAGGAGCGUGCCACCUUUACUGCUGAGGAGACAGCGGCAUUCCUAACCAACCUGAGGAGCACAUUCAAGAACCUCUCCGCCCUCCCCAUCCCAACCAUCAGCGCCGUCAGCUCUCUCGCUCUUGGCGGCGGUCUCGAGCUUGCUCUCUGCACACAUAUGCGCGUCUUUGCAUCCACAGCCCAAGUCGGGCUGCCGGAAACGAGACUGGGGAUCAUCCCUGGUGCCGGGGGAACCUAUCGUCUCCCAGCGCUCAUUGGGCUUGCACAUGCGCGUGAUAUGAUCCUGACGGGGCGCCGGGUCAGUGCUGCAGAGGCCUACUUUCUCGGGAUCGCAGACAGACUGGUAGAAGUUUUGCCCGAGGAAGGCAAGGAGGGCGAGGAGGCUCAGGACGACUUGAUGAGGAGGGCGGGAGAUGAGGUGUUGAGAGAGGCGGUCAAGCUCGCCGCGGACAUCUGUGAAGGUGCGCCGGUGGCAGUCAGGAGUGCGUUAAAGGCAGUGGAGUGGGCGAGGGAGGAGAUCGAGAACAAGAUGUAUGAGAGGGUUGUGGGCACGGAGGAUAGGAACGAGGCCUUGAAUGCCUUUAGGGAAAAGAGGAGGCCAGAAUUUAAGGGGAGAUGAUUUGGUGCUGUGUAUCAUAUUACUCUUGUAUCAGUGUAGUGAAGGCUGGAAUACCCUUCCAUCACGAGGCUUCAAGUUAGGUCCGUGGAUCUGUGUAGAUCCCAAACCUUAAUAUCCAAGUUUUAUU